AUGAGUUCCCACCCUUUUUUCAAAGUCCAAAUAAAUUCGUUGGAUUCCUAUAUCUGCCCUCCAAGCCUUCUUGACCCAACACCCUCAUCCUUCAAAUAUGAUAGGGUUCCGGUGAUCAGAAUAUUUGGUUCUUUACCUACCGGUCAUACAACUUGUGUUCACAUUCACGGGGUGCUACCAUACCUCUUUGUAGGGAUCGAUAAUGAUUGGAAAGACUUGGAUCAGGUGAAGGGGUUUGCCCAUACCUUGCAUGAGAAAUUGGAAGAAUUGGUGAGAUUAUCUUUCCGCAGAAAGAAAUUAAACGCGGAAGAUUUCACCAAUAAUAAUGGAGAUGUGGUGACUGUUGAUCCUGCACUUGACAAUAAAUCCAAUAAGAGUGAAGAAAAGGUUUAUAAGUACAUUGCUAAUGUCGAAGCUUGCAAAUCCACCGCAUUUUAUGGAUAUCAUGUUGGCCACUCAAUUUUUUUCAAGAUUUCUUUUUUAGGACCAGUUUUCAAGAACCGGAUUUUGACGGUGUUGGAAAGUCCAGAAUUUGAAUCAUCAGUUCCUUUAGCAGGCCCAAAUUGUAAAAAAUGGAACAUUUAUGAAAGCAACGCGUCUUACAUUUUGCAAUUCAUGACGGAUUUUAAUUUGUUCGGUUGUGGAUGGUUGGAGGUUGGGGAAUCAAGGAAAUUGAAAAACCCAGGAAAAUCUAACGGAGUUUAUUUCCGAAGUCCAGUAUUCAAUAAUAUCACCGAUGAGUUUUACGAGAUGAAAUUGUCUGAUGAAGUGAUGGAACAUAUUAAUCAGUACCUUUUGAAAGAAAAUAGAAAUUUAUUGACAGGGACUGAAUUUGGAAGAAUUAGUGAUACUUUUGUUGAGGUUGAUGUUUCAUCGAAGAAUAUUUUGAAUCGUGAGAAAAUCAAUUUACAUUCCUUGCACCAUAAUUUUAUUGAAAAAUUAUCUAGUCUUCAAACUCAAUCGCCUAGUAAGGAAGCUGCCCCUUUCCAACAUGCCUCGAAUAUCUCGAUGGAAAGUUCUUCAGGUAAGAAUUUGAAUGAAAAGCUCAAGUAUAUCUCCAGUACCAAGAAUAUUUGGCAAGAUGAUAUUUAUCAACGAAAAAUUAGAAACUUGAAACCGUAUGAGGAAAAUACCGCUAUUGACAGGGUUUUGGGAAAUAAAGAAGGCUGGAAUGCACAGCAAGACUUGGAUGAAAUGUUCAAGUACGUGAAGAUGAUGAUGAAACGAAAUACUAAUGACGGUGCUAAGCUAUCAGAAUAUGAACACUUUGCAGGAUUCAUCAAGGAGCCAGAGUUUUUCAAGAAAUUGAUGACGCCAUUUGAAUUGAUCACCAAUGGGUUUUAUGAUGUCAACUUAUCUAAAGCGAGCUCAGAUACGCAGACUUCUGCUGACGCUAGACAAGUGGAUAAUACCCCUUUGCAUCCUCCUAGUCAAGAACAUUCAUCAGAAAUAGAAGAAGACCAUGAUUCACUAGAUUUCAUCAAUGAUUUGGCUAAUGAACUGAAUAAAAGCGAAAAGCAACAACAUUUUGCAGAAGAUUUCCCCAAGCUUCUACCAGAGAAUAAUCUUGGAAAUGGCGAUGAUAAUGAAAUAUUGAAAGAUGGCAACGACAAGAAGCGAGCAUGGAAGGAAAGCUUAGACAAUGAUGAUAUCACGGAUAAUAUUUCUUUCGAUGACUUAAGUUUUAGUUUCUUUGACCUGAUUAAUGAAGACAAUAAUGUUAAUGGGGACCAAAGAGAUGAAAAUUCUAGGACCAUUGUGAAAGAUGAUCAUGUUGUUUCAAAUUCCAGACGCAAUAGUUUAUUCGAAAAGGGACCAUUGCGAAAGAAGAACCGCAAACCAGUUCCCCUAUCCUCUUUAUCUAAACUUGCUUCAGUUAGGAAAUUGUCACCAACUAAACCCAAACCACGAGCAACUACAAUUAUUGGGGCUAGGAAGAUGAAUCUUUGUGAGCUUGUCCCUUCUUCUGGCUCAAAAGAGAUGGUACGCAAAGAAAUGAUAGUUGCAAAUUUGUCCAAAAUAAAGGUGAGAAAUAUUCUAACUUCUAGAGUUUCUAAACUUGAUGAGAACACCAUUAAUAUGAAAAAUAAUCAGAAAAAUGAUAAUUCGAAUUAUCAAAUACCGAUGCUUGCCCGGUUCAAGUUUUUUUCAUCACAAACCAACUUGUAUAAAUACAUGAUUUCGCCACCGCCAUUACAGGCAAUUACUGAUAAUAUCUCCAGCUUGGUUGUGCCACAAUAUCUUUACUCUGAUCCAUUUUAUGGAAAUUCUGAAGACGUUCCAGCGGUCCCGUUUGUUAACAAACAAAUCAAGAAGAGGUUCAAAUUAAAAUCUAGAGAUUGGAAGUCAUUAGAUGGAGUUUCUGUAACCCAGAAACAGGAGCAAAGUAUUUCUGUGAGGAUGAGAAAACAUGCUGAAAAGAAUUACGAGCUGGAAAUGAUAAAAAUUAAUGAUAACAUUCUCAAAAAAAGGCUCGCAUUCAUACAUGAUGCUUCUGGUGUCGGAUUGGGUAUCGAAGAGUUGCUGAAUACAAAAGUUUAUAGGUAUACGGUGCCGAAGCCUCGGUAUCAGGAAGUCUUACAGAGGUUUCAAAAUGGUGGUGUUCCAGGAAGCAGCAUAAGCCGCCUGGAACAAAAAAACCGUUUUUACACAUCGCAAAUAGAGUUCCUUACUCCCAAGUUCCUCUUGUCCAAUGCAAACAAUAGCGGGAAAAAGAAAUCCUUGAGCCCCCUAAAGAAAGUCAAUCGUCGCCCCGAUGGCUUUAAUAAUUUGAGUCUUUUUGCCAUUGAGAUGCACAUCUCCACUCGAGGAAACUUAUCUCCGGAUUACAAGCAAGAUGAAGUUUCAGCAAUAUUUUGGAAAAUCGACCCUAAUAGUAUGCUGUUGAAGUUGGAUAUUGUGGACCAAGGCAUUCUAAUUUUAAAAUCAAAUUAUGAUAAGGCAACGAAGCGGUUUGCAUCAGCGACAACCAUCCCAAUAGAGGUAUUUGAUUCUGAAUUGGACAUGUUCAAAGAGCUUGUGUCUUUAGUGAAAGUUUUUGAUCCAGAUUUAUUGAGCUCCUACGAGAUCCAUUCCAGUUCAUGGGGUUAUAUUAUUGAUAGAUGCACUAACAAAUAUAAGUAUGAUAUUUUGAAGGAUUUGGCUAGAGUGAAUUGUUAUUUUAAUAACAAAGUGAGUGACAAUUAUGGUUAUAAUCAUGCUCUGGGGAUCAGUGUUACCGGAAGAUAUUUUGUGAAUGUUUGGAGAUUGUUACGAAGCGAACUUGCAUUGGGUGAUUACAAUAUUGAGAAUGUGGUGUUUGCGGUAUUCAAAAAACGGAUUCCUAGUUACCUGAUGAAAAAAUUGACAGAAUUGUUUGGUGAUAAUGGGAGUAUUGGAGGUUUGUCAAUUUUCGUCGAUUAUUAUGUUACCAGAGUGAAUUAUGAUAUUGAGCUUUUGGAGAGCUUAGAUAUGAUUUACAAGAUUGUGGAACAAGCAAGACUCGGGGGUAUUGAUUUUUACUCUGUUUUUUAUAGAGGGUCACAAUUUAAGGUGGAGUCAUUCUUGUUACGUUUGGCAAAACUGGAAAAUUUCAUGUUGUCGUCCCCAUCAAAGAAAGAAGUGCGAAGGCAAAAGGCUCUUGAGUGUAUUCCAUUAGUCAUGGAACCCACGUCUAACUUUUAUAAAAGUCCUCUUGUGGUCCUUGAUUUUCAAUCAUUGUACCCGUCUAUUAUCAUUGCUUACAAUUACUGCUAUUCAACAUGCAUCGGAAGGCUUCAAGGUUUUAGCUUCAAAAAGGCCAACAAACUUGGUGUAACAAGUUUUAAAACUUCUCCAGAGUUAAUGAGGUUGUUAUCUAACGAUAUCAAUAUUUCCCCAAAUGGCUUAAUGUUUGUGAAUACUCUGGUUAGGAAAUCAAUGCUUGCAAAAAUGUUGGAAGAAAUCUUGGCCACCAGAUUCAUGAUAAAAUCCACGAUGAAGCUACUUGAUAACGAGAAGGACAAAGAUAUGAAGAGACUCUAUGAUAGCAGGCAGCUUGCUCUCAAAUUAAUUGCAAAUGUGACGUAUGGAUACACCUCUGCAACUUUUUCUGGAAGAAUGCCAUGCUCCGACAUUGCUGACGCAAUUGUGCAAACCGGGAGAGAAACCUUAGAAAAAUCAGCACGGGUCAUUGAAUCAGUCAAAGAAUGGAAUGCAAAAGUGGUGUACGGUGAUACCGAUAGUUUAUUCGUCUAUUUACCUGGGAGAUCCAAAGCUGAGGCUUUUAAAUUGGGAAGAGCAAUUGCUGCCAAAAUCACCGAAAUUAACCCAGACCCAAUUACUCUUAAGUUCGAAAAAGUUUAUCAUCCUAGCGUGUUGCUUGCCAAAAAGCGGUAUGUUGGCUAUUCUUAUGAGUCAGAAGACCAAAUUGAGCCGAAAUUUGAUGCCAAAGGAAUUGAAACUAUAAGAAGGGACGGGAUUCCGGCCCAACAGAAAAUUACUGAAAAAGCAUUGCGGCUCCUAUUUGAAACCCAGGAUGUUUCUCAGAUUAAGAGCUAUGUGAAGAAUCAAUUUUACAAGAUAAUGACGAACAAGGUUUCGAUCCAAGACUUUUGUUUUUCAAAAGAAAUCAGAAUUGGAGGCUACAAAAAUGAAAAGACCAUGCCUCCUGGUGCUUUAUUGGUAGCCAAGAAGAUGAAUCAAGACCAAGGAUAUGAGCCUCAGUACCGUGAGCGUGUUCCAUAUUUGAUUUUGAAAAAUCGGGGCAAUGGCGACCGCUUGAAGGAUAAAGCAGUGCUUUUAGAGGAUGUGACUGAUAAACCAGAUAAUUUUGUUGAAUUGGACGCAGAGUAUUAUAUUACAAAAAUGCUUGUGCCGCCCUUAGAAAGGAUAUUUAGUCUUAUUGGAGUUGAUGUCAAAGAAUGGUAUUAUGAAAUGCCAAAAUAUUUGAAGUAUGACCUUGUGAACAAUAAUAGUACCAUCACUAAUGAUAAGAACCCGGGUUAUACGACCACUAGUCUGGGAAGAAUUAUUUUGGAUAAUAAUAAUAAAGGGAAUAAAAAUGUUGAAAACCUUUUACAAAAAUAUAUUCAAACUGAGACGUGCUUAAAUUGCGGGAAAAAGAUUACCCACAAACCGGUGAACUUCGGAGAUAAACAUCCUGCCAACCUUUGUGAAGCUUGUGCUGUGGAUGAGGUUGAAACAAUGCACCAGGUUAUGAAUCGAGUGAAGUUGAUUGAGAUGGAAAAUCAAAAAUAUCAGACCAUUUGCCGAAUUUGCUCAGUUCAAUCGGUAAAAGGAGCAGGGAGUUUUACAGAGAUUUGCUGUGAAAAUGCAAGUUGCCCGGUAUAUUACUCUCGCGUGAGAUCAAAAAUGAAGAUGAACGAAGUAAUGAAAAUUCUAGAUCGUUUAUGA